AUGGGCAAAGGGAGCAAGAAGAGGCCGCAGAAGGCGGCGGCGGGUCCCAAGGACCGGCACAAACGCCAUGCCAGGCUACUACAGGAUCCGCAGGCGCCUUUGCCAGCCAACCUGGUUGCAAGACCAGACGUUCCGAAGGCCAACUCGAAGCACCACUCGUACUUUGAGUUUGUCGAGAACGAGGACAAGAAGAAGAAGCUGGAAUUUCAGGUCACGACCAAGAAAACGCCGCCCCCAGGCUUCGAGUUUGUCCCCUUGGGUCAUCCCGCCCUGACCAACGCGUGCAAAGAGCUGUCGCGCGAGAAGGAUGCCAUGAUCUUCAUUGACGCCAAGGAGAGAGACCCCAAGAAUUUAUCCCAUCAUAUCUACCGAACUGGCCACCACGUCCGACAGGCCAUCGCUGACGAGGCACGAACGACCCUCGAGAACUACCCUGCGGCCUUUCAGGCGGUCGACGGCCCGGAGCCGCUCCCCAAGACUCAGGAUGAAUAUACUGCGCAGGUCAACUCGGUCAUGCUCGACCUAUUCCCGCGUAUACCACACACAGAUCGUCAAGCGAUCAUUAUCCAUGCCUUCAAUUUGUCGGCUCAAGGCCAGGCCCAGAAACCCGUGGGACUUGUUACUGAAAUUCCGCUGUCACGCAGGGUGCAGCUCGCCGUCCUAGCGCACAUUCGACACAACCACACCAGGUACGACAAGCUACUACGUGAAACGAACUGGGAGACUGCUCGCAAGGUAGUGGAAUCUCUCUGCCUCGACAUCCUCGUCAAGUGGCGAGGUGAUGAGGAAACCGGCCGUGACCAGCUUGACGAGAUCCUCCGCGAGGUGGUCGUCAUCUCAGACUCGGACUCGGAGGAGUCCGACGACGAGGAACAUGGCGACACCGAAGACUCGUCUGCUGACGACGCGAAGGGCAAGACCGCGAUGGCCGGCCCUUCUCAGCCAGGGGCCGAGCCUAGGCCUCCGGUGCAGCAGCAGCAGCAGACUGCACGGCCACCGGCCAGGAAACAGGCGCAGCGUGGGUUCAAGCGCUACCGUGCUUGGGAGGAGGCGAUUGAACGAAGUCGUGGUGAUGACGACGCGCUCGUUCCUCUUCCUCCUCCACGCGAACCAUCCGUUGGUCAACCCCUAGCUUCCCCUGGACACACAGCAACCCAUGUUUCUGCCGGCAUGGUUCCGCAGCCAAACGGAUUCGUGUCUCGACCCCAUCCCCAUCAUCCACCAGGUCCCGUCGUGCGCGAGCAGGUAAGAUAUCACGACCCGCAGCGAGCAACGCCAGGUCGCUCGCGCCACGUAACGCCCGUCACAGACCGUCUGCAGGAUAUGCUCGUCCGGUCUAUUGAACCGGUCUCGCCCAACAGCGUACAGCCAUCUUUUGUGCGGACCGUGCCCCCAAGGCAUCAGCCCUCCCCAGUGGGGGCCUCUAUGCAUCACCCCAUUGUGAUCUCCUCGCCCAUCCAGGAGGGCCCUGCGAGUAGGCCUUUUUACGUGGAGCGGCGUGUCGUGACAGACCGUCCGCCACAUGAGCAGGCGUACGCAGGCGAGCCCUUUGGUCUGCAGCCCGCGCCUCGUCUCCAUCCACCCAUGCAACAACCACUGUUCCCAUCCCGUGGCUACGAUGCCCCCAGACUCUCCCUCCUGAGGCUCGUCCUCACAUGGUUCACUAUAGUCAAGCAGGCCCACGACAUACCGAGCCCAUGUUCGCGCGACUCGAACAUCCAGCGGGCCAAGCUCAUCCUGGGUAAGCCUGCUUUGGACUGGCGAUUGCGCAAGUGUUUUGCCCGACCGGACACUCUCUGA